GAGAGGUAGGAGGCACUUGGGAUCGUCUGCAGGAUUGGGACUGCUAUAGAGGCCGCCACGGAGCCCGCCGGAGCCACCGUUCCUGCUGCUGCUGCCGCCGCUGCCCGAAUCGGAACCGUCGGGCCGCAGCCGCCGGCAAUGCCGAGAAGGAAGAGACAAAGUCUCAUUUUGCCGUCCUCGGUAGAGUGCCAUGGCAUCACACAGCUCACAGCAACCUCCCAACUCCUGGGCUCAGGUGACUCUCUUGCCUCAGCCUCCCGAGCAGCUGGGACUACAGGCGCCCACCACAAUGCCCAGAGGAAUGCAGGCAGUAGUUCAGAUGGAACCGAAGAUUCCGAUUUUUCUACAGAUCUUGAGCAUACAGACAGUUCAGAAAGCGAUGGCACAUCCCGACGAUCUGCCCGGGUCACCCGCUCCUCAGCCAGGCUAAGCCAAAGUUCUCAAGAUUCUAGCCCUGUUCGAAAUUUGCAAUCUUUUGGCACUGAGGAACCUGCUUAUUCUACCAGAAGAGUGACCCGUAGUCAGCAGCAACCUACCCCUGUGACACCAAAAAAAUAUCCCCUUCGGCAGACUCGUUCAUCUGGUUCAGAAACUGAGCAAGUGGUUGAUUUUUCAGAUAGAGAAACUAAAAAUACCGCUGAUCAUGAUGAGUCACCACCUCGAACUCCAACUGGAAACGCACCUUCUUCUGAGUCUGACAUAGACAUCUCCAGCCCCAACGUGUCUCAUGAUGAGAGCAUUGCCAAGGACAUGUCCCUCAAGGACUCAGGCAGCGAUCUCUCUCAUCGCCCCAAGCGCCGUCGCUUCCAUGAAAGCUACAAUUUCAAUAUGAAAUGUCCUACACCAGGCUGUAACUCUCUAGGACACCUUACAGGAAAACAUGAGAGACAUUUCUCCAUCUCAGGAUGCCCACUCUAUCAUAAUCUCUCAGCUGAUGAAUGCAAGGUGAGAGCACAGAGCCGUGAUAAGCAGAUAGAAGAAAGGAUGCUGUCCCACAGGCAAGAUGACAACAACAGGCAUGCAACCAGGCACCAGGCACCAACAGAGAGGCAGUUGCGAUAUAAGGAAAAGGUGGCUGAACUCAGGAAGAAAAGAAAUUCUGGUCUGAGCAAAGAACAGAAAGAGAAAUAUAUGGAACACAGACAGACCUACGGGAAUACUCGGGAACCUCUCUUGGAAAACCUGACAAGCGAAUAUGACUUGGAUCUUUUCCGAAGAGCACAAGCCCGAGCUUCUGAGGAUUUGGAGAAGUUGAGACUUCAAGGCCAGAUCACAGAGGGAAGCAACAUGAUUAAAACAAUUGCUUUCGGUCGCUAUGAGCUUGAUACUUGGUACCAUUCUCCCUAUCCUGAAGAAUAUGCUCGGCUAGGACGACUCUACAUGUGUGAAUUCUGCCUAAAAUACAUGAAGAGCCAAACAAUACUCCGCCGACACAUGGCCAAAUGUGUGUGGAAACACCCACCUGGUGAUGAGAUAUAUCGCAAAGGCUCCAUCUCUGUGUUUGAAGUGGAUGGCAAGAAAAACAAGAUCUAUUGUCAAAACCUGUGCCUGCUGGCAAAGCUUUUUCUGGACCACAAGACGUUAUAUUAUGAUGUGGAACCCUUCCUAUUCUAUGUUAUGACAGAAGCGGACAACACUGGGUGUCAUCUGAUUGGAUAUUUUUCUAAGGAAAAGAAUUCGUUCCUCAACUACAAUGUAUCCUGUAUCCUUACUAUGCCUCAGUACAUGAGACAAGGUUAUGGCAAAAUGCUCAUUGAUUUCAGUUAUUUGCUUUCCAAAGUGGAAGAGAAAGUUGGCUCCCCGGAACGUCCACUCUCAGAUCUGGGGCUUAUAAGCUAUCGCAGCUACUGGAAGGAAGUGCUUCUCCGUUACCUGCAUAAUUUCCAAGGCAAAGAAAUUUCUAUCAAAGAAAUCAGCCAGGAGACGGCUGUGAAUCCUGUGGACAUUGUCAGCACUCUGCAAGCCCUUCAGAUGCUCAAGUACUGGAAGGGAAAACACCUAGUAUUAAAGAGACAGGACCUGAUUGAUGAGUGGAUAGCCAAAGAGGCCAAAAGGUCCAACUCCAAUAAAACCAUGGAUCCAAGCUGCUUAAAAUGGACCCCUCCCAAGGGCACUUAAAGUGACCAGUCAUUCCGAGCCAGUGAACCCCAGCAGUAGGAAUCCGUACCCUAGGGAUCUGUCUGUCAUUUCUGUUGCUUUUGUGAUUGGCAAGUACAGUAUCCUUUGGGAAGGCCAUCCCCCUCAGGACUGUCCUGGCUCCGACCUUCCUGUACACUGCAGACGCUGGUUCUGAGGAACUGUUGUUUCGGCCUCAGUGAGGUUGCCUGGUUGGGAUCUGUAUUAGACUUGGGUGCAGCUCUCUCAGCACUGACCCAAGGAGUUCUGUUAUGGUACUGUACCUGUCCAGUCACUGGUUCUCUCCUCAUGUUCUCUUGCCCCAUGAGGUUGUGUUGUGUCUUCUAAACUUGGUACAAGUGCUUCUUGCCACCCAGUCACCAGACCUCCAGAUAUAGCUGCCACCACCAGGACCUUUCCAAUUACUCCUUACACGUGUGUUCUGUGGAGGGGCAGGGAAGAGGUAGCACCUGUGAGUGUGCGUGUACUGGGAGGGGAUCCAUUCACUUUGGAUUUCAUCUUGCUUUACAUUUUUUUCCUACCUUUUUAUUGAAAGACCUGUUUUUGAUCAGUGUCGGGCUGACCAGAGCCAAAUACUUUUGAAGAGUUUCCCAGGGAUUAGUCUUAGUAACAGCACAUAAUCCAUCUGUAUGAGAUGGAGAGAAGAAUUAAGAGGUGGUGGUUCUCUAUUUUGAUUUGAAUUUACCUGUGGACAGUAUCUUGGUAGAAGGGAAUGGAUACCCUUUUUGCUUCACCAGAAAGUGCCCAGUAGUAAAUGUUUUCUUCUCCCUGCUCCCUGCCCCUUUUUACGUAUGCAGGUGCCAAAAUAAUUGCCAGUUCUCUCUUUCAUGCUACAUGUUAACUGGCUAAUUAUACUGCAAAAGCCUUUCCAUCUAUAUCUGUCUGAUAAAGUAUGCCUGCACUUCCAUAUAAGUUGCACUGAUUUUGUCCAAACACCCUGGGAAAAGUUGAAAAUGAUUGAGUGACUUCCAUGUUUCAACCCAUGACUCAGCGAGGCAGAAUGGCCAUCCCUGCCAAGGUUUGCUUCUCUUUUCAACAGUGCCUCACCCUCCCUCUAGGACUAAAAUGCUUCUGCCUCUCCACAAACUCUUCCAUUUCUCUUUUGGGACUUGCUACCAUCCUUGUAUUCUCUGGUCUCCUAUUUUUGGUGUUGUUCAAGUGAAGGAAGAGAUGUUCCCUCUAAUUUCUCUCUAGCCUGUUAUAACCUGCUAUCUUGGGGCAGCUUUUGAUGUAUGACUUGUCACCCUUCCCAACUUGGUCUCUGACAACACGCUGUCUUCAUGUGGAGCCCUCACCACAAUCCCGACUCUGGUCAUUUGUGCCUUUCUCUUGUCAUCUCUGUACACUACUUAUAUUCACUGUGGGUUGGGGGGAGCUAAUUUUAAGCAUGUUCAGUGGCAGCUUCCCCCCCAGUUUCAGUGUCACUGUUGAAAUUUAUCCAAAAGCAACUUUACUGGGGGUUUUCUUAAGGGGUAAAGGCCUUUUACAGAAGCUAAACCCUUCCCCACAUGUGGUAGAAUGUGCUCUUCUGUAUCUACUCUUCAAUAAAGCAUGUUCUCUGCUCAA